AUAAUGGUUGGAGGAAGAAAUAGUACAACAGUCACCAAAUUCAUCCUUUUGGGAUUCUCAGAUUUCCCCAAGUUCAAGAUUGUUCUCUUUACAGUAUUCCUGGGAAUUUACUUCUUGACGGUCACCUGGAAUCUGGGUCUUAUCAUCCUCAUUAGGAUGGACUCCUGCCUACAUACACCCAUGUACUUUUUCCUCAGCAAUCUUUCCUUCUUAGAUUUCUGCUAUGUUACCUCCACAACUCCCAAGAUGCUCUCAGACUUCUUUAAGAAGCCUAAAUCCAUCUCCUUUAUGGGAUGUACCAUGCAGUACUUCUUCUUCUCUAGCCUGGGUCUGACUGAGUGCUGUCUCCUGGCAGCCAUGGCUUAUGAUAGAUACGCUGCCAUUUGUAACCCUCUGCUGUACACAGCCAUCAUGUCUCCCUCCCUCUGUGUGCAGAUGGUGGCUGGAGCCUACAUAACUGGUAUCUUUGGUUCAUUGAUCCAACUAUGUGCCUUACUGAAGCUCGAUUUCUGUGGACCAAAUGUCAUCAACCACUUCUUCUGUGACCUGCCUCAAUUAUUAGUUUUAUCCUGUUCUGAAACUUUUUUCCUACAAGUCAUGAAAUUUGUAAUAGCAGUGAUAUUUGGUGUAAUAUCUGUGUUAGUUAUUGUGAUAUCCUAUGGUUAUAUUGCUGCCACCAUCUUGAAGAUCAGCUCAGUUGAAGGCAGGUCCAAGGCCUUUAACACUUGUGCUUCUCACCUAUCAGCAGUGUCUUUCUUUUUUGGAUCAGGCCUCUUUGUCUAUAUGCGUCCCAAUUCUGGUAAUUCUUUGGGUUAUGACAGGAUGGCAUCAGUGUUCUAUACAGUGGUGAUUCCCAUGCUGAACCCUUUGAUUUACAGCCUGAGGAACAAAGAAAUCAAAGAUGCCCUUAAGAGGUAUAAAAAUAAGAGACUGCUUCAUGACAGCUAUGAACCCCUUAUCUCACGGAUGAGAGUUGAAGCUCAGCUCCCAUUUGCUGAAGGUGACCCAGCAAACAAACAGCAAAUGAGGGACCAGACAUGCACCUUCACCAGUGUCAAGUCAUCCGAGAGUGAUAGAGACCUAAUAACCCUCUUUGCAGAUUUUAUUAUGUUUCGGUGUGAAACUACUCCAUCCAAACUUUGCAGCUCUAUCCUGGUGAAACAUUUAUCUUUCAAAAAUCUCUUUGUGGAGAAGCUGCUCUAUUCAAUUCAGGAAACAGUUGCUGAGCAUUUAUUUGAUGAUGGGCACUCUGAUAGGUGUUGA